AUCUGCUACUGCUGCUGCGUAUUCGCUGUCAUUCCGUGUCAUAUUUGUGUUCCCAAUUUUUCCGUACUGCCCCUUGAAAAAUCUGGUCCAAAAUGCUUUCAAACGUCGCGAAAUCUGUCGCACAGCGUGGCCUGUUUGGAAAUCUGUGAGGGGAAAACUGAUUGCAUAACAAAACAAAUUUAAAAACUUAUUUCGAGAUAGGAUCGAAAGUACUUUUCAACUAAUCAGCUGUUGGGCGAAGGUCAACCAAAUCGAUAUACUAACAGGAAACUUCACUAGUAAAAUAUGGGACUUUCCAAGUGGGUCAAAACCAUUUUCCGUGCCGGGACGGAGGUGGCUGCACAGAACCAAAAACCAGGAGACGUGGCCGUCACUGCAAAGAAAGUCCUUGCGACUCAAUCGCAAAGCAGCGGAUAUGCUACCGAAGCGACGUUUGAAACCAGAGCCUUCAAGCUGCACAACCUGGACCAGGGCCCGGCCACGACGGUGACCGUAACGAAGGACGAAGCGCUCCGAUACUACGGCCAGAUGUACGCGAUCCGCCGGAUGGAAACCGCCGCCGGUAAUCUGUACAAGGAGAAGAUCAUCCGCGGCUUUUGUCAUUUGUACUCCGGCCAGGAGGCUUGCGCCGUUGGAAUGCGCGCGGCCAUGCGUCCCGAGGACUCGUGCAUCACGGCGUACCGGUGCCACGGCUGGACGUAUCUGAUGGGAGUUUCGAUGCAGGGUGUGCUGGCUGAGUUGACGGGUCGUCAGAGUGGAUGCGCUCGGGGAAAGGGUGGCAGCAUGCACAUGUACACGAAUAAUUUCUACGGUGGUAAUGGUAUUGUGGGGGCGCAGGUUCCGCUGGGAGUGGGCAUCGCCUUUGCUGCCAAGUAUAACGGGACGAAGGGAGUGUGCAUUGCGGCCUACGGCGAUGGUGCGGCCAAUCAGGGACAGAUCUUUGAGGUGUACAACAUGGCCAAACUGUGGAACGCGCCGUGCAUUUUUGUCUGUGAGAACAAUGGGUACGGAAUGGGAACAAGUGCGGAGCGUGCCUCGGCCAAUGUCAACUACUAUACCCGUGGAGACGCCGUGCCCGGAAUCUGGGUCGACGGAAUGGACGUGCUGGCGGUCCGCGAGGCUACCCGAUUUGCCAUCGAGCACUGCAACAGUGGCAAGGGACCGAUCCUGUUGGAGACGGCCACCUAUCGCUACUCGGGACAUUCCAUGUCGGAUCCUGGAACCAGCUACCGGUCGCGUGAUGAAAUCGCCGAAGUGCGCCAAACGCGUGAUCCAAUCACUUCGCUGCGCGAGAAGAUCCUCACGAACGAACUGGCAACGACCGAGGAGUUGAAAGAGAUCGAGUCCAAGCUCCGUGGAGAGGUUGAUGCCGCGACCAAGGUUGCCAAGGCCGACAAGGAGAUCGCGGUGGAGGAGCUGGUCACGGACAUUUACGCCAAGCCGGAUAACUGCAGCGUCAUCCGUAACUCGACCCCCGGAGGUGAACUGGCCCACAAGAGCCUUGGCCGGGCUGUGAACCUGUAGAUCGGGACUAGCGCAACUGUUUUAUUUAUAAUCUCACAAUCGCAUUUGGAGCAAAUUGGGUUUUUGUUUUUACUUGAAGUCCUGCAAUUAUACUUUUUUAUUUUAGCUAAAAGCGAACGAAAUCAAACGAC